AUGGACUCAGUAAUGAUGUUUAUUGGCCUGAUACAAGUUAUAUUGUUGUUGUGGAUUGUAACACCUUGCGAGAGUGAUGUUUGCAGCCAAAAAAUAUGUCAAUGUACCAAUUUCGGUAGGACCCGCAUGGUAGUUAAAUGCCAAGUUCAUGGAUACAUUCCGACUGGAAUCCCAAGCAAUACAAUUGAACUGUAAGUGAUUAAAAAAACUAAACCUUUCUUCAGAAAGGGAACCGAGUCAUGGUUUGAGCUAGGUUUGCUAUUUGAAAGCAAUGUUUGGUUUAUCUGUUGAAUGAAAAAAAAAAAAAAAAAAAAAAGCACAUUUAAAAAUUUACCAGGCAAUAACACCCAUCUGUAACCUUUGUUUAGUUUUCUGAAAUAUGUUUUUCUUAACUUUUUAGCGUAGCUUCAUGCUCUUAAAAUGAUACAAGUGUUGCAACUAAUUUUAUUUUCAAUUUCUUCAUUAGGAAACUUUCGAGUUGUUCCUUAAAGUCGAUUUCAGAGGACUCCUUCAGGAACCUAACUGUUUUAAAAAUACUGUAAGUAAAUAAUUUUAAAAUAUGGGAUAGAUUCAGCUUAAAAUUAAUAGGCUGGUAUAUUUAUUGUUAUUGUUAUCAUAAUUAUCACUAUCAUCGUUGCUACUGUUAUUUUAAGCUUUUGUGAAAUUUAAUAACCAUUAGACAUGUAUUGAAGGGAAAAACAAAAUAGUGUAAGCUUCGCCGUUAGUAUUACAGAUCCUUGCGCGAUGAUAUAUUUGCAAUAUCGUUUACAAUAUGUAUGCCUACCUGUAAUAGAAAUUUGAUUACAAGCUUGCCUUGAAAGAACUUAAAACCUGAAUAAAUCUUCUAGCGCAAACAAACAGUCAUUUGACUACUGGGGCGCUGCUUGGAAUUUCAAAAACAAUGAAAUUUUGUCAAAACACUUAGUCUGAAGUCGCACAUGAGAAUUUUAAAAGCAGAGUUGCGAAGUUGACCAGACAUUAAGCAUUCAGAUACCUACCACAAAACAAAAGAAAAUAGGGAUUUUUUUAUGGAGAGACUUUCAGAGUUUUAGCACUAGGAGAUUUUACUGAUUAUCUGUAAGCUUCUUGAAGAAAAACAAAAACAAAACAAAACAAAACUAUAUUAACCAAUCUGAAUGAAGAAUUUUCUAUUAUUUACUUUCGUGUACAAAUGUGCAAAUGGAGUGCAGUAAAUGGAAGCAAAUUUUGCAUGUAUUUUAAUUCGGCAAGCUUUGAUUAUUAAUUGUGAUAAACUUUUUUCAUUCUAGUGACUUGUCGAAUAACUUAUUUCGACGCAUUCCCCACAACACUUUCAGGAAUAUGGAUAAGCUGGAAAUAGUGUAAGAAUGCGUUUAUUUAUAAUGAAUGAGUAGGUUCCUAUGAUUGUCCGGUUAAAAGCUUUUUUGUCCGCAAAUUUUCAUAAAAUCUUGUCAGCUCCUGUGUUUUCGCUAAUCCCAAUCCCUUUAAUUUAUAAUUGCGAAUCUAUUUACUGCUUCAAAAUCUUAAGCUAAAAGUAACUAAAUAUAUAAAUUUUAGAUUAACGAUGUGAUAUGCAAUUUCUGAGCUUCAUAUUUUUGGAACUUACAAUUGUUUCCCUAGAAAUCUUGCCGACAACCUAAUUUCAGGGAGUUUCUUCCUUCCGGAAAGUGUAUCUCAACUGUGAGUUUUGUUAACGAUAUAUUUUUGAAAAGAUAGAAAAAACGUAUUAAAACUCGCAACUGAUUUUUAUCCUUACAUUAAAUUGUACCUUUUUCGUCAGAUCGCCACUUUUUUUCUUUACAUCGCAAGCAAACACAGAAGACCUUCGAUAAAUGUAAUGCAAACAAAUAUGAAUUUCCUCUUUCUCUCUAAAAAAAAAGACCGUCAGGUCUGCACUUUAAGCUGUUAGUUAAUGUGAAGGAAUCAAAAUAAAAGUGAACUUGUCAUCUUUUUGUCCUUUGCAAAGUAUUUACCCAGUAUAUGGAGAGAAAAUUUACGGUGUUUGCUGGCUUAUGUCUCUUACCUAGCGGACGUUUUUCAAAAUGUUUUAAAACUUAGUAAAUUCAUUAAAAGUCAAUGUUAAAUAUUUUACCUGCAUAGCGUUAUCAAACACAACUUUCUGUCAAGUACUGACGCAAAAGUCAUUCUCAAAGGAUUAAAAAGGCUUCGAAAACUGUAAGUACGACCUUUUAUCCUGUUCCACAUGCUUAGAGAAUCAAUAAUAUAUGUCGUACAAGUAAAAGGAGAAAAAAAGACAAAUAUGAAAGAUAUAGGGGAGUUAUGGAAAUAUGGACCUAUAAGCCUAGUCCAAGAUCCAGUUCUCGUGAACUCAUUGCCAGCGAAUCAGAGCGGGGUAUCCGAAAGUAUUGGUUUAAAUAUUUAAUGAAAAGUUCAUUUUUUCCCUAUAGUUCCACGCUUGUGAUGAAAAUAAUAACUGCUUUCUCUGUUUCUAAGUUCAAGCUCAAAACUUACCAUGUUUCUUCCAUAACUAUCGCAAUUUCUCAACUAUCAAUAUCCUUUUUUUAAUUAUAUAUAUCAUCGAUCGCAGUUACUCAUCUUGAAUUGAAGAAAUGUAAAAUGGUUUCCAUGUUUACACAGCCUGAUGUAAACACGCGGGAGGUUGGGAGAACAAGAGAUAAGCGUAGGAAACCACGACGCGAAUAACUAAGAAAGAUGAACGAAAACCGUGUUUACAUACGCUCAUGUAAAAUGGUUUUAUGGCCAAUCAGAGCGCGCGUACUAUUUGAAUUAUUUUAUAAACUUAGUUCCUGUCUAUACACCAAACGGUCAAACGUUAUCUAACAAGGAUAUCCUGCUCAUUGCGCACUUUUACAGGAAUAUUGAUUCAAAUCCACUUGGACCUACUUUGCCAUCCAACUUCUUCGCUGGCUUUAAUAAGAUGGAGCUUCUGUAAGUUAGUAGCUAUAAAAAAUUCUCGAAUGAUUUCGAAACUUGUAACAAAAACGUCGUGUGCGAACGUGAUCAGUCACGUGCAUGCUUGACUACUCUCUCACUAUUCCUUUUAGAUAACGUCCCUUGUUUUACAUAGUUUAAACGUUUUUGCUCAACUUUUAGCUUCCGAAUGCUGUUUAUUUAGCCAACUGAUUUGUGCUCCUUUGGGUCGAUUCGGCUUUUUCUUUUUCGACAAAGUGGCCAUACCGAUAACUACGCCUGAAACUUAACUUUUCACCGGAACAUGUUCCGCACGAGUUACAGUCAAUUUAAUAAAGCUGGAUCAACAUAGAAAGUUGCGUUAUUUUCUUGCGGGUUCAAUUUUACAAAGAAUGAAAACAACAAACUUUAGAUGAAAUACAUGCUUUUCACCUCUUUAGAGGUUGGCUGCCAUCCUGUACACAAAAUUGUUUUAAACUACCCCUUCAAUAAAUUCUAAAAACUCGUAGCUCCCCCUCGCGAUCCAGCUCUUUCAAUAAAAAUCUUGACUCCUGAGAUAUGACUUAGGAAUGUUGUUGGUACUUUGGCUGAAAAAACAAAAAAACAAAAAAACAAACAAACAAAACGGCAUUGAAAGUGACAGAGAAUUCAUUACUGAUAGACUUGUCUCAUAAAUCCGCUGUCAGAACUUUCCAUACUUACAUUGUUUAGCAGUUUCCCCUACUCUUUCCUUCACUUCAAACUAUUUCUCGACUUUUUUUUCCACAGUUCCAUGAGUGGGUGCCACCUUGAAGAUAUCGAAAAUGGAACAUUUAAAGCCAUGCAAAAUCUUACAGAACUGUGAGUAAAUUUUUUCUUAGAUAUUAUUAUUGAUUUUUCAGAUGUCCGAGCGAUCGAUUAUGCGCGAUAUGUAUCGUGAGAAAAGCGGUCUUAAAGUUAUAUAUACAUAAUUAACUAGAUCAAGAAAUUGUGUGUUAUGUUCUGUUAUGCAAACACUUCUCUUGACGUUUGACUUAGACAGUCUUAGCAGGUUUAUUUUGCCGAAACUUUUCUAAUCCCGACCAGCCACAAGUCAUUAUACAUUUGUCCGUUUUUAGUGAUCUGUCCUUCAAUAAGCUGAAUCGUAUACACAAGGGUACAGUAGAAGGACUUACGGAUCAGCUCACAAAUCUGUAAGUAAAUCGUCGUUAAGGAACACCGUUCUUUGCAUAAUGAUAAGAACUUACUAAAAAGAACUUUUCAAGAGACCUCGAUCGUUUCUAUGGACAGUGGUCUAAACCUCGGAUAGCACUUAUGGUACUCGCCUUAUUUAUUUCACAUUUGAAUAGAUAGGCUGAUUGACUUUCAUAUGCAUCAAUGCAAAGCAGAGGCAAUACGACCCUUCUUCCCCCCUUCCCCCUCGCCUCCACACAAAAAAAGGAGGAAAAGAAUGAUUUUGACCCUUCUAACAACUGAUAGGUUCCUUCACGGAAACAAAUUAGAGACCAUAGGUGAUGGAACGUUUAAACAGUUUAAAGUUCUCAAUAGAUGGUAAGUGAGACUCCAAGUGCAAGAUAAGCUGAUACUUUAAACCUGAAAUACUUAUAUUAAUAUCAAUAGGAUAAGAACAAUUUUUUUUUUCACGACCAUGUGGCCCUAAAGGCAUCUCGCCCGAAGUCAUGUUGCCCUAAAUCCUGAGUCAUGUCUCCCAUUUUUUUUUCAAUCACAAGUAAAAACAUCAACACAACAUAUAUUGCUUUGUUCGACGCUUGAUCAGGAGUAGCGCUAAAUAGUCGUAAAUUCACAAUCAAACGCAGAAGAUUAAAUAAUGUAUGACAGGAAAAAGAGAAGAAAAAAAGAUACUGAAGAAAUGACACAUUUUUCUGAUUCGACAUGACAGCUUGAAGUGGAUUAAGUUUUAACGUAUUGCGGUAAAGAUGUCAUGAAUUAAAAACAUCCGGAAUUCUGAGUUUGCACUGAAAACGUUUUGCCAUGUUUUAGAUACUAUAUCCUGUAGCUCCUUGUUUGUUGACCAUAUAUGAUCGAGGCCCUGAGAAGGACAUUGCUUAUUGCUAAGAGAAACACGAUAGCGUACUGUUCAUUUGCUUUUUUUUCUGUUGUUGUUUGUACGACUUCUACAGCAUUCUUCGAGAGAACAAACUAACAUCUGUACCAGAUUUGAAAGGUCCUAAGGUUAUUGUACUUCUGUAAGUAUGGUGCGCCGAUCAAUUCUUAGCUUCAAAUCCCCCCCCCCCCUUCCUUCCCUCCUGGCCAUCCACGGUCAUUUGACCGUUGCCAGUGCCCAAUGGGGUUGGGAAACCUUGUCUUGCUGGGGUGGGCAAUUUGAACUGGAAGUGUUGAGUCUUUCGUGUGGAAUACAAGGGUUCAAUCUUUAAAAUAUGGAGGUGCACGUUUCGGGCAAAUAGUUCACUUUUGCGAGCGAAUUGCUUAGAAGAAAAGAUGUACGAAGUGUAGGCUUUAAAGAUUGGUCAAUAUGUAGAAAGUCUUGGUUGCUGUGCAAAAAAAAUAAAAAAAAAAUUAGUGGGCCAUUUGAACAUAACUUUUGCUCUGGGAGCGGGAAUUUGAACGAACUAAUCUUCAAAAGUUCAAAACCCGGGGGUGCCUGGGGAGGAUGUUGAAGCUUCCAUUCAUUGACGCAUAACCUUUUAAUACGUACUAUUCUUAAAUUGCAAUAACUGUUAUGAUUUGAUAAGAUAAGAAAUGAUUACACAGCCUCCAGAGAUUACAAACUGGUUUAUAAUCUCUGAACACCCUUUAACGACAACUGGUAAAGAUGGUUAUUGUAUCAUUUCCUUCUAUUGCAAACAAAAAACUACUCCGUGUUUUUAGUUUGUACAUUUUCGUGACUUUAAUCAUCCUUGCAUGGUCAAAUUCCAUUUAUUUGGAGACAGCAAGUCUUCUCAAAAGCUUAUCACAGGGUGCCACAAAUUGAGACUAGGUUCAGUUCAAGGUGAGCGUCGAUUCAGAAGAUCUUCAACAGUACACAAAUAUGACGUGUUCAAAUGAUUCUAAUUGAAAGACUUCGCUCAAGUAUUAAAGGUAGUACAAGGAAGAAAAUUCAAAUAAGUUUUCACAAUUUUUUUUAAGUUUUUGUUGUGCUUUUUGCAGGCAAUUAAAUAAGAAUCGGAUCAAAGAUAUAUCAAGAAUUGCAACAUCUGGAAUUAAACACCUCUUUGAGCUGUAAGUAUACAAGUGACUUUCUGUGAGUAGACGUUUCCAAUUUGUUUCAUGCAGUAAAUUCUUAUGAUCAGAUUCAUGGGUGCGAGCGUGAUCCAUAUUCUCAGUCCGUGCCGAUGCCAUGCCUGUUUGUAUUACAGCGUAGUAGAUCAAAUUUCCCCUUACAGAAAAUUCAAACGAGCGCCAUGAAUAUCUUACAAAACAAAUUGGUUCAAACGUCAGCUACGACAUAAAGCACGCGCAAAGAUCUGUCAGCAACCAAGAACCUACAGUUCCGACCUUUUUUUCGUGCAUUCAAUAUUCCCUGCGUGCUUCAUAUCAUUAUGAAUGCACGCUGGUACAAGAAACAAUAUCUAUAGCAAUAAGGUUUAUCUUUCCUCAAAUUUAGGUGCAAUAAUUAUAUUCUUUCUUACGUUUUAGAACAUCAUUUUGGACUUUUGACAUCGAGUAGUUUUCGGAGAUAAAGUUAGCGAUGAUUCGUUGAAAGCAAUUACGUUAAUAAAAAGUAAAAGAUGCAAAAUUCAGGUUUUCAAAAGAUGAAGAGCGCAAUUUGGAGUAGAUGAGUGGGCAGUUUUCAGGCUUUAUUCCUAAUAAUAUACAUGAAGAAAUUACUUAGUUCUGAUUGGUUAAGAUAAAUGCAGUUUUCAGGUAUUUCAGUGCAGAAGAGGGUUAAUUCAGUGCAGAGAAGUAUAACAAACCAGACAUUCUGAUCGUUCAGUAAACAAAGAAACUCAUAGACAGCCAAUCAAGUGCGAGCCUUGGAUUUCGCAACAUUUGGAUACGCUGAAAAUUUGCGAGCAAAACAAUGGUCGGCAGGUUUUCUUUCGCCACCGCAACAACAAUACAGUAGCUGAGAAACAGCUCUAACAACGAAAACACUGUAAAAAGCAAUGCUCUUUGGUUAUAGGCUUGGAAAAAGUGGUGUUCGGAGAAGGAAAUCGAAAGUUACGAGCCGACCCAGCUUUAACACUUAACUCGAGCGAUUCUACGCCAAAACUAAACACAAACAUGGUUAAACCUCGCAAACGACAUUUCAUCGAAAGUGAUUCGGACAUACUGAACAAUUCCUUGAACUAUUUAGCCGGACAUUGAACUUUUUUGCACCUUAAAGAUGUGAAAACAUCAUGGUGUAUUAUUGUUUUUAUUGUACGCGGUUGUUAUGACCGAACGCACAAAGUCACUUGCAUGGUUUGAGUAAAUUAUUUUUGCACCUGAAGUGUGCGCUUUGCUUCUGCAUGAUUAUGAUAAGCUGUUUUGUAUUUUUUCAUGUAAAUUAUUAAUACGUAAUCAAAUGAUUUUUCUCGUGCAAUGUUGAAUAUAUAAGCACCUGCUAAUUUUUUCAAAGACCACAAAUUGCAUUCGCCCUACGGGCUCGUGCAAUUUUGUUAGUCUUUGAAAAAAUUUUACAGGUGCUUAUUUAUUUCAAAUUUCACUCGAAAUCAUGUGAUUAUCUAUACGAAUUGCACGUGAAUGAUUCUUUAUUACCUAUAACAUAAUAAUUACGCAAAAGCAAACAGCUUAUCACGUGCAAAACUGAUUCACUCAUAAUUUGCAAAUGCUCUUGUGUUUCAGUCAAAAGAGCUAUGUUCAGUAAAAAAAAAACGAUAUUCUAUUAUGCUUCUUUAUGGUCAUUAAUUUUGAUAUCAGAAGCCCAGAUAAACAUUCUCUUUUCUUAUGCAUUCUUUUAUCAAAACAAAAGCAUUUCAUACGUCAAUCAGUUUGAGGUAUUUUUUUCUUAUUCCUAUUGCGUAAAGCUUAACGUCCCUCAAUAUUAUGCCUAUCGAAUAAACUUUUAAGUUUAAAAACAAAUAACACUUUUAUCUUGUAGGUUGUUGUCUAGCAAUGAAAUCGAUUAUCUUCCACCAGACAUAUUUCAAAAUAUUUCCAUAGUGGGAUCAAUGUAAGUAAGAUUUAAUGUAAUAGCAGGCAAGGAAAGUCAAAUCGAGACAUCUUUUGCCACAAAUAAAUCCAUGAAGCUCCUAUAGUUUUUGUCGGGGUUUACCCUCUGAAUGAUGUUUAACCAGUUACGAUAGUCUUUCCUGGGUUUUUCUUUACUUUGAACGAGUUCAUCUGUUCAUGGAUUUUUAUACUGGUCAUGUAACGCUUUUGAGUGGUAUACCAUAGAAUAUCCCACGAGUUUUUGUAUUUUCUCGGUAUAUGCAUACCCCUCUGAUCUCCGUCGACCUUUCGAAUCUCUCGAAAAUAAAGUGAUAAUGGCAUAGUGGUCAUCCAAUUAGGCUGGGGAAAUUUCCGCCAGACCUCUUUCCUUUAAAAAUGAGGUAGUUCUUGAUUUAAGUCGACAAACUUGCUUCCAUCCUAACUCGUUUUCUUCACUGCUCCUAAGUUUCUUCGCCUUUCAACGAAAACAUCAACUUCUUGAUCAGUCAACUAUAUCUUUUUGGUUAAAUAUUUAUUUUUACUGAGUUUUCGACCUCAUGAAUUAACGUCCUGGGAAUAUUUGGCUCUGACACGGCUCAAACAACACCUAAAAUAAACUGGAAACGCCGCCACCGCUCGCUGAAUUUCGGCAGAAUAAGAUCGGAAAGGGCGGCUGCAAUACUGUCGAAUAUACAACUGAUUUCUUUUAUUCUGGUUGGUUGUAUUUUUAAUAGCAUGGUACCAAUAGCUAUAGAAGUAAAUGCUGUAGAUGCGUCUGUUUCUUAUCCCUAAUCUUAUUCAUGUUAUCUUCCUCAUAGUGACUUGUCAUUCAACAAAUUGCGGUCCAUACCAGAUGGCUUAUUCAAUAAGCUUGGAACAUUACAAAUUCUGUGAGUAAAUAUUCAGCGCACUUUUCCCAAAUUUAUGAUAAAUUGAAUCAUGUUGUUAGCAGCAAUAUCCUAUUGGAGAAGAAACAUUGCUAUUUGCCCUCCUCCCUUAAAACCAGCCACAGAAAAACGCUGCAAGUCUUUUUAAAUUAACGCUGACUGAUUCUACUUUUUACAUAACUGUCAUUUGCUUUCUGGGAGGUUGUUUAAUAUAAAACUUCGAUCCGAUGCCGCAAGCCAAAUUGUGACUUAUCAAAAAGUGAUAUUCUUAUUGAUAUUACUACUAUUAUCAUCAUAACCAUUAUUAUUGUUGUUCAAACGGUACAAUUGUUCACAAUGCUCUCUUUUUCUAAAUCAAGGAUGAUUAGCUUCAACAACAUCUCCAACAUCAACAAUCGCACCUUUGAAGGACUCUCAAGCUUGAAGACGCUGUAAGCUCCCUUUUGGUUUUUCAUGUCUGUAAUCCCACCUGACUAAAAAACACACUCAUUAAUCAAUAAAUCCCAUCUUGGUUUUUAUUUAUGUAUUUAUUUCGUUAUUAAAUCAUAUUACGUCUACAAUCCUUUCUUAAAUAGCUUUUGUCUUUAAUACUCUUUUUCAAUUUACAGCAUGCUGAUAAAAAACAAACUGACAUUUAUUUCCAACGGUGUUUUUGAUGAAACUGCUUUGCAAUCAGUGUAAGUACAUGUACGUUUUAUAAUGUUAACGUAUAUCCUGGAAUAUAAUAAGAUAACAGAAUAUAAUAUUCAAGGAAACCAGUAAAGUAAAAUAGAGGCUUCAUUGUGAUAGACACGGGGCAUGAUAUAUGGAUGACGACGCCUAUAUGUCAACAUGGUUUGAACCACGCAGUCUCUGGGUUGAAUUAGUAGAAACUGAGAAAAAUUCAACCAUCCAAUAAACAUGAAUGUUUCAAUGCGUAACAUAGAUUGCAAGCGCUGAGUCCUGUUGUGUUAACAAUAUGAGAAAUUUGACUUGUUUGGGUUUGUUUUGUUUUGUUUAGUUUUUUGUUAUCAUUUCUUCCUUUAUAUAGUUUUCUUCACAGUAAUGCCAUCAAAACGAUUGGAAGUGAAUCCUUUAGCAGACUUAACCUGAAACAACUGUGAGUAAAUUGAAAAAUAAAGUGAAGUUUGAAACGCUACAGUGAAAUUUAUUAAUCAAGCUUACCACUUUGGCUUCAAGAGGAUCAUUGAUCUGUUUUUACGGAAUUGUUGCCUUGUGAGACUUUAUUAAUCCUUUACACCCUUAGAGUGAAUAUUCUCCAAACUGUUUUGUAUACGUUUUGUAAGGUGCUGGUAUGGAGAAUCUGUUUAACAAUUAAGAGCUUUUUCAGUUGGCGAUCACCUCUAUUCUUCUCCCGACCUAAGUGUUUAAUUCAGGGAUGAUAUUGUUAGGAGAAAUUGGAUGCUAGUCACUCUAAAGGGUCAAAGGGUAAAUUUUGCACAAAAAACGGUAACCACAUCAACCAUAUGAUAAGAAAAAAAAAACCAUGUCUCUAUAAUUAUGUGUAAGCUUGAAUUAAUCAUUAACUUUAUUAUUGACAUUUUUUCAGUACUAUCUUUGAUAAUCCUCUACACUCGUUACCAGAUGGAAUGUUCGACAAAAUGGACACUGAAACCAAAGUGUAAGUGAAUCCAAAGCACUCAUUUGAAUAUUUUAAAGGUGACUAUCGCUUUUCGAAAGGCCACAUCUUGAUUUAACGAAGAUCGUCAAGGCUGAAGGAGAGAUUAAUAAGCUUUUAAAUCUAUGCUGACCUCAAUGUUGUUUCUCCAUCUGUUAAUUUUCGCAUAAGGAUAUGCGAUUGCUUAUUGGUUAACGCACCGGACUCAAAAUUGAAUAGACUGGGUUCGAAACAAGCUAAGCGAGUUCAUUAUAUGGUGUUCUCGAGCGGGAGAUUCUACUCCAUAAGUCUCCUUACACCUAUAAGAAUAAAUUUACAUUUGAAAAUUGGGUAAAUGGGGUUAAGGUCCUGGAGAAACUAUGGUGCUGCGUGGGUGAGGGUAGGCGGGGGGAGGGGGGGAGACGGGGGGGAGAAGGGGUAAGCUGACGUUGAGAGCAUUGGCCCAUCGGCAGAUGGAAUGCUCGUCCCUUUACAGUACAAAAACCGCGAUAAACGACCGCCGUUGGUGGGGACCACAGAUCUAAAGAGUAUCGCUCCUGCAAUUAAAAUUAUCAUCAAAAUAAUCUACAGAUCGUUGACAUGUAAAAACCUUCUUCAGCUGCCGAAAGGACAGUAUCAGUCUGUAAUGUGAGUAAACCUAAUGUUGACGUUUUAAGAUGACUUAUUUCAGAUAUCAUAUCUUGGCAUCUGUACUAUUAGAUUCAUUGUUUCCAGACGAUACGCGCUUAAGUCAGGAGCCCAUAAUGGCUCCUGCUAAAGUCUACUGAAUUGAGUAUUUGUUAUAAUUAAAAUUUCAAUUGCUUUCAAUAUUUUGCUAUUUUCUUAAACUUAAGUGACUGUGCCCCCUCCACUACAUUCAAUAUACUUUUGACCGGAGAACAAUCUAGCUACAGUGGUGGCCUGGAAAGUUCAGGCUUUGAGUGCCAUUCCUGUGGGCCUCAUCCCAGUGGUUCCAGAUGUCGUAACUGCUCUCUUUGUCAAGUUGGUUAUUUCAUGCACGCCAAACAGAUGUGUGUCAAGUGUCCUGCAGGUGACAAAAGACAGUUAAAAUGCUUCAUGUCAUAGUUAAUUAAUUUUGGAACAACAAUAACAUUACUAGAGAAAAUUCUAGCCGUUGUUAGUUACGUUCUUGUAAUAGAAGAGGUCUCAAGCUCGGUCACUCCGAGUGCUAGUAUCCUAACUUAAAUUUUCCCUCUAUCCCAUUGUCGUUUCCUUUGCUCUCGUUUUUAAAGUUUUCAUCCCUGCCUUCUUUUUUUCAUUAGUUGGUUCUGCGUAUAAAGUGAGCUGGUGCCUGUAGGGCCACUGCCAAUAAGGCCAGUUUUCACUCAUAAUCAGUUUUAUGUCGUUGCAUCCUUACUUCUUACAUAAUAUCUGGUGGCUACCGUUUCAUUUCCGUUGUGGUUUCAUUUCCUGUUUUACUUACGUUGCGUGUCACGUGACAAUUUCACGUGCUUUGACAUUUUGGAGAGAGUUUUACCUUCGUGUAGCUGUUUUGGUUCGCAAAACAGUUCUUUAACGUGAUUGUGAUUGUGAUCGUGAUUGUGUUAUUGUAAGUUAUCUUGUGACGCUACAUAGGCAUUAAAGGCGAGAGCUACAUCUCUUCACAGGUGGUUUUUAUCAGGAUGAAUUGGGACAAGUUGAUUGCAAAAGAUGCAGCAUUGGUACAUUUGUGUCUGAAACGCGACAUCCUGGGACAAGUCCUACGGACUGUGUGGCAUGUCCAUACGGUAACUGAUGUUUUGUCUCUGAGACACUCUUAAAAUUUUUCACCAUGAAAACUUCUCCCUGCAUGACAUUCCAUGUGUGGUUCAUUGCGUUGCAGAGAAAAGAAAUACUUUUCUUCUUAAUCCAAAACGGAAACGGCCGGCAAAUUGAUUUCUCGCCAGUCUGAGUACCGCUGGACGCCAUUUUGCGUCCGGAAUUAGAACCUAUCCUUGAAGCUAAUUCCUAACUAACUGUAAGCGGUUUGGUGGGUUGAAUUUAUUUUUAAGAUUGGUUUUGCGCCUUUGUACCAAAUAAUGUGUAUACACUAUUUAUCUAAAUUGCAGGUACCCUCUCCAACGAGACUGCGGAAUAUCGAGCAUGCAGAUGCCUUCAAAACUUUUAUCGGUUGGAUCGUUUUGGUCCGUGCUCAGCAUGUCCACCACACGGUUUUGUUUGUGAGAAAGAUACAGCAGUACUUGCUCCUAACUUCUUCUGGAAAUGGUCAAAUCAGUUUGAAAAAGAAUUCUUUAAAGGUUUUGUUAAUAACAUCCACUCUUCUAAACAAGACUACGACAAGUUAUAUUCUACGUUUAAUACUUUACUUCCAAACCCACUCAAAUGUCCUUAUGCCAGGUCUUGCGAGGGUGGAAUCGACUCUAAAUGCCACCAUGGAUAUAAAGGAGUUCUGUGUGCAACCUGCUCUAACGGCUUUUAUUUCCGAUUUCACGCUUGCUUGAAAUGUCCUCGGUUAACUGUAACAGUUACUUCUUCCAUCUUGGUAAUUUCUCUUUUUGUUGCUGUGUUUCUAAUGGUUCUUUGGGGUGACUCCAAACGUGCAGAGAAUAACCGGACGGUUGCAGAUGUCGUCAUGUCGUGCUUUAAGAUUGUGAUUGGUUUUUACCAAGUCAUUGCUGGAAUCUUCUCGGCAUUAGCGAAAGUCCAGUGGCCAGUCAUUUUGUUCUCAACGGAGAAGGUUCUAAAAGUGUUUGAAGGGAACAUCUUGCAGUUUGCGCCACUAAGCUGCAUUCAUUCUUCCCUACGUCUUGAUGAGCUCGGAAAGUUCACAGUGAUCGUUGCUUUCAAUGUCCUACUUGUCGGCUUGAUUUGCCUUUAUCUUUUCGUUAAAAGAAGCUACAUUAUAAACAAAACCGACCGUACCGAAAGCCAAAAAAUGAGGGAAAUUAAGAGUUUGAAGAAAUCUUGCUAUCGGAACAUUUUCCUAUUGUUGUUAACGACCUACCCCACGACGAGCAAGUCGAUUAUUCAGAUUCUACCUCUUCCCGGUGCGUGUGUAGAAACGUGUUUCUCAAACGAAAAGCUCGACUGUAUCUUCCUGCUGAGAGCUGACUACUCAAUCAAGUGUUUCACUCCUCGCCACAGCUUGUAUUGGCUCAUGGCCUCUCUUCUGGCAUUAUAUCCCGUAGGAUUUCCACUUUUGGCUUUGUUUCUCACUUACAAAUAUCGUGAGUCCCAUGAAAACGAAGCAGUCUCUUUCGGGCUCAGAGUGUUCUUUGAAAACUACAAGAAGAAAUUUUGGUUUUGGGAGGUCACAGAGAUGUACCGCAAACUGAUAUUGAUCUCAUUGAUUUUCCUAUUUGGAUCUAAAAGCCUUACUCAAAUCGGUCUCACAGUUCUGACAGCCAGCGUCUUUGGAGUGCUCUACACCGUAUUCCGACCAAUCAAGGACAAGUUUGAAGACCGCUUACAAACAUUUGUUCUUUGGAUAAUUUUCUUUGAUGUUUGCCUAGGCGCUGUUUACACAAACUGGGAUGAGAGUCAGGGAGAGGACAAGAACGACUCCAUCUUCGUAAAUUUCCUGUUUGUGGUCCUUAACGCUUCUGUAUUGUUAUUUGCCAUUGGUAAGUCAUAACUUCACAUUCACAAAUAUCAAAAGUGCAAAUAGCAAUUACCGGGAAGUUUUAAGGAAGUGGGAUGUCUAAAUGUCGUUUCUGUGCAAUUUAGUAUCAUAUGUUGUGUAUAUUAAGGCAUUUCCACUUUGCUUUUUCAUAUUGCUUCAUAUUUUAUCAUUCCCGUUUUUAGUUAUGUUAUCACUUAGAACUAAGUGUUUUUGUAUUCUUAGAGCAAUUACUUCGGAGAAAAUCUUGCAUGUUAUGGUAUAAAAGCAAUGAAUGCAACAUAGCUGGCACUCUUCGGUAGAAAGCUUUCCAGUUAUCGUUUGUCAUACAAGCUAAUUGGAUUAGUAAAUAAUAUUGGUUGCUCAGAUCACUAAGUUGUCCCUCAGUCAUUCAAGCAGUCGGCACGAAAACUGUCCAUAUAUAUCUUGCUUGAGAGUCAUGCCUUAUCAAAUGCUAAGAAAACGCCUCAGUGAAUCUAAUAAGCUUCUAUUUCAUACAUACUGAGAUUAAUACUGUGAAUUACUAUUGUUCGUGUCUCUGAUUGGACGAAAUAUGUAUUUUCACAAUCGUUCGCUUCCCAUCUUUGAAAUGGAUAGGUCAUUAAGAAAAAAUGACGAGAAUGCACUCCCUCCCGUAGCCUGAGACAAGUCAAGAAGAAUUGUUAUUAAAAAAAAAGUCAGAAAGCGCGUUAUUGGGAAAUUUUAGUUAACCCUAAGAGGUUUCUCGUUAACACUGUACAUAGAAAAAAACAAAUGUUACUGAAUAAUUGAUUAUUAUGCUAUUCUGUUCUUAUCUUUAACUGCGUCAGCAAAGGGAAUAUCACAUGUGAAGUUAUUCCGCAAGUACUUUUCCUUCUGCCCGAUGAGAUGUUUCAAUUCCCUUCGCCAAGGACUGGCGCUUCUUAAGAAGAAAGCGGUCACCACAACACCUGAAGAAUCAUUCUUGAUCAAGGAUGGCACCUAA